AUGUCGUCAGUCAAAGCAACACGUUCUGUUUCAGUAAAUCGGAAUAGUCGAAAAACAGCUCGAAUUAAUUUACGUAAACUCCAUCCACAUGCACAUAAACGUUCCAAAGAAGCAUCAGAAGAGCCGCAAACAAAAGCGCAGUUGACCUCCGAUGAACAGCAAAAACGUGAACUUAUUGAGCAGUAUAUUUUCUCGAAAUUAGAAGCAUAUGCUCAGAAACCACGGCUAUGGCAGAUUGCACGUUCUACUCAUAUCAAACGGCGUCUUCUGGAUAAAUCUCAACAUUUAGCUAAUCGCCAUUCCGUUUCCAAUGAGUUCGUUCGUGAAUCGAUUAAUCAACUAUUCGAUGAUGUUGACAAACACAUUGUUCGAGUUCGUCAUCUUCUCCAUUCGACAUCGUAUGCGACCGAAAAACCAAACACGUUUUUUCAAACGCUGGACAAAACAGAUAGCCGAUGGUACGCAUUGCAAUUACAACGUGCAUUGGAAGUGUUUCCUGAAAUGAUCGAUGAAGAUUUAACGGAUAAUGAACGUGUACAGAAAUACUAUCGAUAUAUCAUAGAUACACUGACACCAAAGACAGAUGCAGCGAAUACAAAUUGUAUUGCACAACUGCGAGAUCAACCAUUCGAUCUAGAUCAGGCAUAUGCACAAGCGGAAAGUAUGGGAGCAGAUUAUCUUGAGCAUUUGUUGGAAAAGUACCAUCAACGGUCCGAACCAGAUCUGGAUAUUAUUCAAAAAAUGGUUGAUAUCGGUUUCACACAUAUGCGAGUAAGACCAAGUGAUGAAGAAUUCAAUAGUGCGACAAGUUUCCUUACUAAAAUCGCCGUUCUACACAGAUCGAAAAAAACAUAUGAAUGUAAUUUAAAAAAUAUGGGUGAUGAUUUCAUGUUAUUACGUUUCGGUAAAGUCUUCGGACCAAAUGCCUUACAAACAACGGCUAGUUGUAAUCAACAAUUCAUCUAUUUCGUUCAUUUAUUUAUUAAAUCUGUUGCACAUCUGAUGAUGUUAACGAAAGCAUCGGCUAAUGAUCCCGAGGACGUUCCAGAAGGAGUGAAAAAAUUGAUCUCUUCUCUAUUCGCAGCUGAAUCGAAUUCAAAUGUAAUCAAAUUAAACAAUGAUUUGUUUUCCCCGAAAGUGAAUGUUGAUCAAUGGACAUGGCUCAUCGAAAAGUGGCGUGAUGCAUUGAAAACAUUUCCAAUGAUGCUCACACAAGUUGGCUCAUUCGGUCGGCUAUUGCGUACGACCAUUGGUAUCGGAAUUGCGCGAAUCUUUAACUUUUCCGAAACAGUUGUGAAAAACAAGCAAAUGUUAGACAUUAAAGUUAUUAAUGAACAGUUCUUUCAUGCACUGCAAAUGGGCUUCUAUUUUGGUGUUGCCUAUGCCAUUGUCGACUGUAUUCAAGAUGAGAUUCGCAAUAUAGACAAAAUUCCUGCACAUCAUUUUGAUGCCCUUCGAGCAGGCGCAAGUUCUCAAGGGGGAUUGUUAACGCCAGCUGAAAUGAUUGAAAAAUGGACAUUAACUAUGGAAAAACUACUGAGCGGAGAAGAAUUUGAUCGUAGUGAGAUACCGAAAACACCCUUAACACCUUUAUUACUAGAAACAUUCGAUGGUUUGAUAACUUUAACAAAAAGCAUUGGAGUUACACGUUCGGCGUUUAAUGAAUUAGCACUUCUAUUAAGAUCGCAACGCGUCGAUAAGAAGACGCCAGAAGAAUUCUAUAAUGACAAGGAACUAUUCCUCGGUGCUGUACUCAAGUCCCACUUCACUUAUACAUGUACAACAUUUUUGGGAAACAUCAAAUCGGCUCGUGAGGAAAAUGAACGACUAUGGAUUAUGCCAUUCUUAGGUCAACUAACCGAUGAUUGUCGAGAUUUCUAUGAUGAUGUCACAUCGAAUUCAGUCACACCAUUUACUCAUUACGCAAAUUUUAUUGGUCGCGAAAAGUGUUCGAACACAUGCUUACUGAAUCCAUUCUACGCAUUUCUUCAUCUUUGUAUAGAUCUCUAUAUAGAUUCUGAUUACGAUGAACAAACAGGUGCUUUUCUUGGUCGUCGUAUAGCACGAACCUUACGCUCUAUUGAAAUUAGCGGCGAUCAAUCAGCACUUCGAGAAUUUCUACAUAUAUUCUGUCAAAAUAAUACAUCACUACAUCAUUAUUUCUGGUUCAGUCUUCGUCCUAAGUUUUCCAACGUCAGUGAUCCUGAGAAAUCAUUCUUUCGUACCGUUAACAAAGCAAGCGUUCAAUACGCGCGAAUUAACCGUAAAUUAGAAACAUACGUCGGUGAUCAUUUAAAACAGAUCGAAGAUGCACUACGGAUCCAUUCGUUUAAUAAGUAUGCGAAAACCAAACCCAUCAGCGAUCGCGACGAACAAUUGUUAAUCUCUGCUAUGAAUUACAGCGUUACAGCUGGCGGGAAACGUCUUCGACCAUUAAUAAUGUUGAUGGUUGCCGAUUUGUAUGAGCUCAAUAUAAAAAAUAUCAUACCAUUAGCAUGCGGAAUAGAAUACUUGCAUACGUCAUCGUUGAUAUUGGAUGAUUUACCUGCACAAGACAAUAGUGAUUUAAGACGUGGUAGGCCAACAUUGCACAAGGCAGUGAUUAACAAUGAUAUACCGGAAGAUCUCUGUGAGGGUCGAGCACAAUUGGCAGCUGUUGAUUUGAUAGCUGUUAGUAUGAGUUUGAUUAAUCAUGAUUUAGUCAGAAAUGGUUUUUCACCAGAACGUGUCAAUCAAGUUAUCAAUGAAAUAUCGCUGUCGAUGCAUGAUUUAUGUAUUGGACAAAUGAUGGAUUUACGUGCUGCACAUAUGGGCAUAGAAGACGGUGAUGGACAAGUCGAUGAACUCGAUCGUAUAGCAUGGUUGAAAACAGGCAAAGCAAUUGAAAUCGUUUUGAUCACGCCCGCCGUUUUAGCUUUAUCACCUACCGAUCCUGGUCAUGAUAAUACGAUUGCACAAAUUCGAGAAUUAGGUCGUCUGAUGGGUAUAUUGUUUCAAAUGCGUGAUGAUCUACUGGACGUCGAAGGAGAAAAUAUUGGUAAACCUGCUGCACUUGAUGUCAAAAAUAAUACGGUGACUUACGUAUCAACCUUGGGUGCUGAGGGCACUCGCAAACGUCUGAAAGAAUUUCGGACACAGACAUUGAAGUUAGUCGACGAGCUUUGGCCAAAAGGUGCAGGCACGAUCAAAACUGUGGUUAAUUACAUUGUUGAUCGUAAAAAUUAA